CGCCGUAAAAGCCGAAAACAACAAAGUAUGCAAAUGCUACCAAAACAUUAAUAGCUGCUGUCAAUUAAAUUUAAAAAUUUUAUUCGUUCUAAAAGUGAAUUAAGACAAAACUUGUUUGUGUGUUUCGUUUAUAAAUGUAAAUUCGUCAUAAAAGUUGGAAAUCUUAAAAACGAAGUAAUGCCAAGCGAGAUAAUUACAUUGCAGUUGGGCCAAUGCGGCAAUCAAAUUGGAUUUGAGUUUUGGAAGCGUCUAUGUCUUGAACACGGCAUAUCACCCAGUGGUGUUUUAGAAGACUUUGCUACCGAUGGUGUUGAUAGAAAAGAUGUAUUCUUCUAUCAGGCUGACGAUGAUCAUUACAUACCCAGAGCUGUGCUAUUGGAUUUGGAACCACGCGUCAUACACUCUAUAAUGAGUUCGCCGUACGCAAAGCUCUAUAAUCCGGAGAAUGUUUAUUUGUCGAAGCAUGGUGGUGGCGCUGGCAAUAACUGGGCUUCCGGUUAUAGCCAAGGUGAAAAACUGCAAGAGGAGGUUUUCGAUAUUAUCGACCGCGAAGCAGACGGUAGCGAUUCAUUAGAGGGAUUUGUGCUGUGCCAUUCAAUAGCUGGCGGUACUGGCUCAGGCAUGGGUUCUUAUAUUAUGGAACGUUUAUCAGAUCGUUUUCCGAAAAAGUUAAUACAAACGUACAGUGUUUUUCCAAAUCAGGAUGAGAUCAGUGAUGUUGUCGUACAGCCAUAUAACUCGCUGUUGACACUACGUCGCUUAACUAGCUGUGCUGAUUGUGUUGUUGUGCUAGAUAAUACAGCUUUAAAUCGCAUUGCUACUGAUCGUCUACAUAUACAAAAUCCAAGUUUUACACAAAUUAACACUUUGGUUUCGACCAUAAUGUCUGUCAGCACCACAACAUUACGUUAUCCUUCUUAUAUGAAUAAUAAUCUAAUUGGUUUGACAGCACCUUUAAUACCAACACCACAGCUGCACUUCUUAAUGACGGGAUAUACGCCUUUGACGACCGAUAACGAUCAAACGAUUAACGUGCGUAAAACUACAGUGUUGGAUGUUAUGCGUCGCCUCUUACAACCAAAAAAUAUGAUGGUGUCUACUGGACCGGACAAAACCAAUCAUCACUGUUAUAUUUCAAUUUUGAAUAUCAUACAAGGAGAAGUGGAUCCCACACAGGUGCAUAAGUCACUACAACGUAUACGUGAACGUAAGUUAGCACAGUUUAUACCAUGGGGACCAGCGAGCAUACAAGUAGCGCUAUCACGUUCAUCACCUUACGUGCAGAGUAGUCAUCGCGUGUCGGGUCUUAUGCUCGCUAACCACACCAGUAUUUGUUCGCUUUUUGAACGUGCUUUGGGACAAUAUGAUAAACUUAAAAAGCGUGGCGCUUUUCUUGAUCAAUUUCGGCGUGAAGAUAUUUUCAAGGAUGAUUUGUCUGAAUUGGAUGACUCACGUGAUGUGGUCGAUUGCUUGGUACAAGAAUAUGAAGCAGCAACACAGCCGAACUACUUGCAGUGGUCGGCGAAGAAGGGUCAGGAAGAGGCGCAUUAAUAUGUUGCAAGUGCGAUAGAAGUUAUAUAUACAUACUAAUGUAUGUAAUACAAAUAUUUUAAAAAUCUUUUUCUGCCUCAUGUUGCCAUACAAGUUUGGAAGUUCUCGAAUCAAAUGCAGAUCAUUUAAUUUUUUAGUAUUAAUUUUUACUAAUUGUAUUGCGCUCAUUGAGAAUACUCACUAAUACAUUUUUGAAAUGUAGGUAUAUAAAUUUAGAACACACGCACACCAUUGUUAAAUUACUUCAUUAAUUAGUAAUACUUUACACGUUUAAUUGUAUGCAUUCAAUGCGUUUUGUAAACCAUUAAAUUAAUUUAAAUUUAAUAUUUUCGUUUAUGAGUUUUAUAAAUUAUUUUCUGUCAAUAUUUGUUUGUUUACGUUUAUGUAUGUGAUUAUUACUAAAUGUCAUUUAAAAAUGUAAACAUACUUUUUAACUGUAAUAAAAUUGCGAAUUUGAAACUGUUUGAGCUGUA